UGUGAGAGUUCUGUCCCGAUAUAACGGUUAUUUCAUCACAAUUUUUGACAAAUCCAGUUUAUCAUGCGCUUGAAUUUCUGUGUCUUCAGAGCGCUUACUGUAAAUGGCGACUGUCACAGUGCGCUUGAUUCGAUCGUUUGAGCAUCGAAACCUAAAACACGUGGUUUAUCACGAAGUAGAUUUAUCACAGAGUGUAAGCAACUUCAAAGACUUCAUAAAAAACGACACACUGAAAAUAUCGCACAAGCCACAUGGGUCAAAGAGUAAUGACCCAGUAAUUAAUUUGGAGAAUGAUGAGGGACUUAUACUGAAAGACGACCAGACCCUGGCAGACAGUGGUGUAGAGGAUGAGACAGAGAUUUCUUUCUUCAAGCUGGAGGAUUAUGAAGUGUACAAGAAAAACCCACAUCUGGCCUGGUGACCGUAUGGUGUCACACAUUGGAUAUUCUCUUUAUUCAUAAACCAUGGACCAUACUGUAUCUGUGUACCAGUGUGAGAAACUCUCAUCAUAGUGAAAGAGAUAUCAAUAAUGAUAGCUACAAUACUCCUUCAGCUGGAAAAUAGAAGUCUUGCAUCCAUACAAGAAAAAAAAUGUUUUUUUCUUCAAGAGACCAAGUUAUUAAUGCCAAUAAAGAUUAUAUUUUUGCUUGCAUUUUG